UUGCGUUCCGCCGGAAAAACCGCAGCGAUGAGCAGUCGCCGGAAACGGGAGAGCUCCCCGGCGAGCACCUCCCGAAAGAAGCGUACCCGCAUCCAAAGCAGCAGCGAGAGUGAGGAGGAUGGUACGGAGUUGACCUCCGGCACCACGGCCGGGGUGUCCCAAACGGACUCGACCGAGCGGAUGGAGCGCGCCAUCAUCCACGACAUCGAGCAGAACAUCCGCAGCGGGAAGAUUCUGAAGAUCCAGCUGAAGAACUUUAUGUGCCACCGGAACAUGGUCGUGGAGUUUAACAAGCGGGCCAACCUGCUGGUGGGCAACAACGGCAGCGGCAAGAGUGCCGUGCUGGCGGCCCUGACCAUCGGGCUGGGCUGCUCGGCCAGCGCGACCAACCGGAGCAGCAGCUUGAAGCAACUCAUCAAGCACGGCGAGUCGCAGGCCACGAUUGAGAUCCACCUGGAGAACGACAGCGUGGAGGCGUACGAGCGGGACGUGUACGGGGACAAAAUCAUCGUGACGCGCACGAUCAGCGCUUCCGGGUCGAGCGCGUACAAGCUCAAGAGCGAAAGCGGCCAAAUCGUGACCACGAGCCGGGCCGAGCUGCAGAAGAUGAUUCUGUUCCUGAACAUCCAGGUGGACAAUCCGGUGUGCGUGCUGAACCAGGACCUGGCGCGCUCCUUUCUGAAGGACUCGGACGAGAAGAAGCAGUACACGUUGUUCCUGAAAGCCACCCAGGUGGAGGCGAUUAUGGCCAAGCUGAACGGAUGUACGCCGCAGUACGAGAACGCCAAGCACAACCUGGAGUGCAACGAGCGGAGUUUGCGCUUUCUGGAGGGGGAGAUCACGCGGAUGAAGGAAAAGUACGAAAACCUGCAGUCGGUGGAGAAGCUGAAGGAGAAGAUGAAGGACGCGCAGCACAAGCUGGGCUGGCGCGUUGUCUCGGACAAGACGGCCGAAUGCAGCACGGUGGAGCAACAGCUGGGCGCGAAAUUGGACGUGCUGAAGGAACAGAACGAUGCCAUCCAGAACCGGUCCAAGAUCGAGGCGGAAAUCGAGUCGAACAUCAAACGCCAUCUGUGCGAAAUUGAGGCGAAGAAGGUCGUCUACGGGGAGGUUAAGGAGAAGUACGUCCAGGCACGUCGCAUUGGCCAGCAGCUGCAGGAACAGCUGGGCGAGAAGAAGCGCCAGAUGCAGAAGGUCAAGGAGCGGGUGACGCGCCAAACCGACGACAUCAACAGCUUGGAGACGGACAUGCAGGAGCGCAGCGAGUCCGGUGUGAACAGGGUCGCGGACGAGAAGCGCCGCAACGAGGCGAUGCUGGCCGAGCUGGGUGGCAAGCGGGCCGACCUGGCGGCGAUGAUCGAGAACGCCAAGCGAGACGUGGACCUGCUGCACAACACGGUCAACCAGAUUGGGGACGUCAAGGAGGAGACGACGCACCGGCGCGUCGCGAAGCAGCACGAAAAGUCCCGCGCCGAAGCCCAGCUGCGGCAGUUUGAGACGUCCUCGCGGGACAACCUGUCCGUGUUUGGCCACAACAUGCCGGCGUUUGUGGCGAAAAUCAAGGACAUGCACCAGCGGGGUAAGUUCAGCGAGUUGCCGCGCGGUCCGCUCGGCCAGUACGUGAAGGUCAAGGACAAAAAGUGGACCGCCAUGGUGGAGACCAUGAUCGGGCAGGGAAUGCUGUGCGCGUUCUACGUCAACUCGGACGCCGACCGGAACACGCUGAACCGGCUAAUUCAGAGCGAGUUUCCCGAGAUGCGCGGCCGGUCGAUCAUCACCAGUCGCUUCCACAAGCAGGUGUACGACGUGCGGGACGGAUCAGUCGAGGAGGUGGGAGGCGCCCAUUCGCUCAUGAAGCUGAUCACCGUCAGCGAUCCAAUCGUGAUGAACUGUCUGAUUGAUCAGGUGAAAAUUGAAACAAUUCUCGCCGUCGAAGAUCAAAACCUGGCCAUCGAACUGACCAGCCAAUCCGAGAACGUUCCGCGCAACCUGCAGAAGGUGGUCGUGAUGGAACCGUUUUCCGAGUUUUACCCCAUGCCCAACUACAGAAGCUACGGGUUGGCGAAGAAACCCGCCCGUUAUCUCCAGGUGAACAUGGGCGAGCUAAAGAAAGAAACGCAGCGGCUGUUGGAGCGAUUGGAGCACGAGUUGCGACAGCUCAACCAGAAGAUCGAGCAAGAAACGCGCGAGCACGGCGAGAAGCAGCGCGCCCUACAAGAAAAGCAGAAGCAGCUCUCCAAGCAACAGAUCGAACUCAACGCCUUAGAGUUGAAAAUAAACCAACUCAAAGCGAUCGAAUAUCCGGCCGAACUCGAAGACGUCACGCUCCAGAACGAACUGGCCGAACUGAAGGCGUCCCAAGCGCAGCUGAAGCAGGAGCUGGAACAGGAGAACAAAAAUAUCCAAACGUUCAUGGGCGAAAUCCAAGCCCAGGAGCGCAACAUCCAGGAGAAGAAGGACAACAUGGGCGUCAUCGAGCGGGAGAUUCAACACCUUCAGGACAAAAUCGACGAGGAGCAGCAGAAAAAGCACGACAUGCAGGCGAACGCCAAGACGAAGCAGCAGCAGCUGAGUCGGCUGCAGGAGGAGCUGAAGGCCCUGCAGGCGAACCGGAACGCCGUCAAGCAAUCGCUGGAGGUCGCCCGCCAGGAGGCCCAAGAGCGGGGCGAACGCAUCGAGGUGACCGAGACGCAGGAGCAGCUGCGCAAGCUGAUGCUGGUCACCGAGAAGCGAAUCAAACACAUCAACUCCGCCAACGACGACAUAGACGACGUCAAAGCCGUCCUGGACAGCAAGCUGAUCAAACGGGACGGUACGCUACGCUACACGGAGUCGCUGAAGCGCGUCAUGCGACUGCUGCAGAACUCGCGCUCAGCCCGGUACGCGUACCUGUCCAAGCUCAAGUCGCACAUGUCCCUCCGUGUCAAGCACAAGUUUAACACCGUGAUGGAGCUGCGCGGAUUUGUCGGGGAAAUCCUGGUCGAUCCGAAGAACUGCACGCUGGCGCUGUCGGUCGUGCCCCGGGACAAGAACGUCUCGAACGCGGUCUCCAACACCAAGUCGCUGUCCGGGGGCGAGCGGUCCUACUCGACGGUGGCGUUCCUCAUCUCGCUGUGGUCCUGCGUGGACACGCCGUUCUAUUUUUUGGACGAGUACGACGUGUUUACCGACCAGGUCAACCGGCACAUGAUGACGAUGCUGCUGCUGAACGAAACGAAGAAGAAGGCGGACCGCCAGUUUUGCUUCCUGACGCCGCAGGACAUGAGCAACAUCCAGGCGCACGAGCAUCUCACCAUUCAUCGAAUGGCCGAUCCGGAGCGAUGCUGAGACGAAAGACUGGCAGACCUGGCUUAGCUGUAGUAUUUGACCAAUGAAAACCACGAACUGUGUUAUUGUUAAACUUUCUGUUAGACUGUUGUUUCCUUUUCCAUUGAAUUAUUUCUUCCAAGCAGGAACGUUAAAAUGUUCUGCAAA